GUCAUCGCUGGAGCCUGAGGACCUGAGGUGCAGACUGCAGUUUUCUAUCCUCCGAAGGAACUGGUCCCAGUGCAGCAGAAGGGAGACCAGUGCAGCAGAAGGGAGGAGUUCAGUGCUUAUCUAGGGAGCCUAAAAGAAGGAGUGAGGCAGGAGCUUCAGCUGACCUCUGCUGAGGUCUUGAAUGAUCCCACCCUUGCAGACAGAUUUGCGUUGACGGGGUUGGCAAGUGCAAAUUGGAUGUCACUGUCCCCAUUUGUGCUUUGAGAGGGGUUGAGGCAGGAUGUCGGGGUCGCGGGGCUCUCACGGAGAGGGCCCCACUAGCAGGAAGGCCACCCAGGCAGACGGUAUACUCUUGGCAGCACCAAAGCAGCAGGCAGACGCAGGCGACUGGCGUUCCAGAGGGCAGUUGGAGCCAGCCACGCCUUCCACCUCUCCCAGUUACUGGAGUGAUGAUGAUACAGAGCCAGGGGUGAAGCCGACAGACUUGUACGGCAAAUUCACCUGGAAGAUUGAGAACUUCACCGAAAUUAGCAAGAGGGAGCUGCGGAGCAACGUUUUUGAGGUUGGGAACUUCAAGUGGUAUAUCCUGGUGUACCCUCAUGGUUGCGACGUAUGCAAUCACCUGUCGCUGUUUCUGUGUGUUGCGGAUUAUGACAAGCUGUUGCCAGGGUGGAGCCACUUUGCGCAGUUUACCAUUGCGGUGGUGAAUAAGGAUCCAAAGAAGUCGAAGUACUCAGAUACGCUUCAUCGGUUCUGCAAGAAAGAGCACGACUGGGGAUGGAAGAAGUUCAUGGAGAGGUCCAAGAUUGGGGAUGGCUUCACCGUUGCGGACACGCUUGUCAUCAAGGCCCAGGUGCAGGUUAUCAAGGAGGCGGUGGGACGCCCGUUCCGGUGCCUCGACAGCCAGUACCGGCGGGAGCUGGUGCGGGUGUACCUGACAAACGUGGAGGGGAUUUGCAGACGGUUUGUGGAGGAGAAGCGCGAGAAGCUGAGCAAGCUGGUCUCGGACGAAGUCCGGUUCGCCAGCUUCCGCGCGUUCUGGGCGGGGAUCAAGGAGUCGCAGCGGAAGGGCCUCUCGUGCGAGAAGACGGACACGAUCCUCAAGUCGGUUGUCAAGAAGUUCUUCAACGAGAAGGAGGUCACAAGCACGCUCGUCAUGGACGCGCUUUUCAGCGGCACCAAGUCGCUCGAGCGUGGCUACAAGGUGCGCGCUGGCCAGGAGGAGUGGGGCACGCCCACCGUGUGGCUCGACAAGGAGUACUUCGUGCUCUCCGCCGAUGUGCUCACAGUGCUCGACCGCGCCGUGCACGAGCCGAUUCCGGCCUACAAGGACGACAAGGGGUCUGGCACGCCGCACCGCGUCAAGGAGAGCGGGCUCGACGAGCUGGGCCGCGACAGCGUGGAGCGCGACGAGCGACGGCUGCAGGAGCUCGGGCGGCGCACGGUGGAAAUGUUCGUGCUCUCGCACCUGUUCAGCAACCGCGUCGAGGUGGCGUACCGCGAGGCGGUCGCGCUCAAGCGCCAGGAGGAGCUGAUCCGGGAGGAGGAGGAAGCGGAGAAGCAGGCGGCGGAGCGGGUCGAGCGGGAGACGGCGGACAAGGAGAAGAAGCAGUCCAAGAAGCAGAAGGCGAAGCAGCGCAAGAAGGACCGCCAACAGAAGGAGGAGGACGAGCGGCGUGCGAAAGUGGAGCUCGAGCAGCGCACCAAGAAGGAGAAGGAAAACGAGCGCAAGGCCGCCCGGGCGCCCGCGCCCCCAGUUCCGGAACCCGAGGACGAGGACACUGAGUCGGAAGAGACGAGCCAGGAGGACGCAGACGAAGAACUAGAUGAGGGAGAGAUGUCCGACGAAGAGGAGGCAGGGCCUCUGGGCGAGGAGCCAGAGACGCUCGUCGACGACGAAGACGAGGAAGGGGUUGGCGAAGCCGACGAGGACGAAGGGCCGGGGCCGGCGACCGUGGAAGACGCAGAGGAGGAGGAGGACGAGUGGCAGGAGGCGGAGCCCGCAUUCCGAGCGGUAACGGUUGAGGCGUCCGCGGUAACGGGUGGGAGGAGCCGUCGGCGGAGGAACAAGAAGAAGAAGGGGGUGGAGAGCAACGAGGUGGUGGGGGGCGCUGGGCCGCUUCCGAUUCCGACGAUGGAGGCGAAGCUAGUGGACGAGGUCUCGUCGACGGGCUCCGGGGAGUCUGCGAUUGGGAAGGGGGUGCUGAGUGGAGGAGGGGAGUUGCACGAUAUGGAGAAGCAGGUUGAAGAGCUGGACAAGAGGCCUGCCGGGGGCGCUGCCACCCCCCCCGACAUGGACGGGCCCGAGUUGGAGGAGCGCGUGGCUUCGGCGGGCGCUGCCGGUGCGCCCUCUAGCAGCGGGACAGAGGAGUACGACAGCCACGAGGCUGAGGCCAUCAUCGCGUCGCUCAGGGAGCGGGUCUCGUGGCUGGAGGACAGGUUGAAGGAAAAGGAGGACGAGGUGGUCGUCCUUCAGGAGCAGCUCCGCCAGCAGGCCCUCCCCAACGGCCUCCCGUCGGCAGCCCCGCUCUCCCGCCCAUCCUCCGCACUGUCUCGGACUUCAUCCACCGCAGCUUCUGCGGGCCCUGCAAACGCGGCAGUCGCCCAGAAAGCCCCCUCGCAUGCACUGUCCACGACACCGACAGGGCCUGGGGUCCGAGGAGUUGUUACCCCCCCGCAGCAGGCCGGAGUCGCUUCCAGGGGGGCAAAUGCAUACCCGAUUCGCGCUCAGGGGGGUCGUCCCGGGACUCCCGGCAGUGCACGGGAGGAGCCCCCCGCCGCGGCGAGCGCGGCGGCGGCCGCCGCAGCUGCAGCGCUUUCGCGGCCCACGAGCGCUCCUGGGAACGGGCCGUUGCUGCGCCACAUCAGUGGACCCGUCCCGGGCGUCGCAACCCCCUCGGGGGAUCCCCCCCAGCUGGCCCGCUCGCUCAGUAGCGCUGCCCCGGGGGGCACGGCCAGGGUGGUGGACAAGUCCCCCCCGGAGCAGCCGUCUGCACCCGUGGCCCCGUCAUACCGCAACGCAGCCGCGGGCAAGAUCCGGGGGGCCACGCCGGCCCCGGCGGCGCCGAUCGCCAGCAGCGCGCCGCCGCCGAGCAGCCUGGCAGCGUUCCCGCCAAUCGGGGGGCCUCCGCAGAUCGUCACACAGCAGGGGGGGUCGAGCAGGGGCAGUUCCUCACAGCCGUCGCCACCGGUGACCCCCUCGUCCCAGCAGGAGAGCCCGUCGUCCUCGCCAGCCACCCCCCGGAAGAGCGCCCCGGGGCCGGAGCAGGCUGCCGCCAAGGAGCAGCCGUCGCCCGGGGGAGGCAAGCGGGGCGGUGUUUACGCGCCUCCGAUGCACGCUAUGAGCCCGGAGAGGGCCCCGAGCGGGGGCAACGAGAGCGGGGGAAAGGCCGAGGCCGCGCAGCCGGAGGGGAAGGGCAUCAAGUUUGGAUCCGUUACCGCGGACGUGCUUCCGCCGAGGUCUCCCCGUGCGGAGGUGCCGGCUGCUGCUCCGGGGGGGCAGGAUCAGCAGGCGCAGCACCAGGGGGUGCAGCGUGCCCCGCAGCAGGGGGGGGUCAUUCAGCGUGCCCCGCAGCAGGGGGUGGGGAUGACCCCCCCGCAUGCGGCGCGGACUGCCGCAGGGGGGGGCCAGCCGCACAUGGACAGCCCGGGGCUCUCCGAAGACUUCCCGCACUUGUCGCUCAUCAACGAUCUGCUCGACGACGAUCUGCUUGGCAUGGGGGGGUUGGUCGCCAAUGGUAACGCGGGGCAGAAUCAGCAGGGGGGGUACAACGCCGUGCACUCCCGCAUCCCCCCCCAGAUCCUGGCUCGAAAGCUCCACCCUGGGGCAUCGCCCUUCUCCCCUGCAAGCGCUUCAAACCGGACGGAGGCGGAGAGGGGGGGUAGCGGUGGCAGCGGGUCGGGCCCCCCCCAGGCGAACGGGGUGUCGCACCACCAGCAGAAGCCACAGCAGCCGGCCCCCCAGCAGGGCCCCCCGCAGCAUCACUAUCCCCAGCACCCGGGGAAUAACAACGCGGGGUCUGGCGGGGGCGGCCACAAGAACGGCCCUUCGGAGUAUGCAUCGGCCGGGGGGAUGCAGAGGGCGCAGCAGCUGCGUCACACGCGCUCGCUGCCGCCGGGGGUGGCGGACGGCCUGCUUAGUAACGGGCACAUGGGGCACCCCCCCAUGUACUGGGUUCCGAACUCGGGGGCGUACCCGCCUUCCGGGAUGCAUGGCGUGAAUGUAAAUGGGCCCAUGCUGGAUAAGAACGGGAUGCAGGCGGGCGUGCCGCCCGGAUAUCAGAUGAGCCACGCGAACUACGGCCAGUUUGCCCCUGCACAGCAGCCCCUUCCGCCGCAGCACCAGUAGGGGUGCGAGAAGAAUGAGGGGGGGGUGGAAGCACAACGAACAGCAUGAUGCAUCAGGAACCAGAUUGUUGUGACUAGUCAGCAUCGCAGUCUGGUUUCUGGAUGCAGGUGUUUGCAACAGAACGUCUUGGUACAGUUCAAGGGGCUAGAGCAGAUUAGUUGGACGCCCUUGUGGAAAGAUUGGUAGCCUUUGGGGAUGGGCGGCAUGCUGCAACGAGCAGUUUGUAUGUAUUUGUACUGCAGACCUUGCUUUGGAGUUUCUGUUUGUGCGCUGCAAAAUAUGCGAAUCGUGGGG